AUGUUUCGGCGACGACCCGCGGGACCGACCCGUGUCCUUCCUCCGACUCGAUUCGAUGAGUCUCUUGGUCUCCCCGAAGACAUCGUUAAAGCCGCCCGUUCAGACAGCAGUGAUCACGACGAAGUCGUCCUCAUCAAGGCCGCUACGCUGGCAGACGAAUAUCGUGAACGGAUUUCGCAGCUUAACGACCAACUUCGGCGCCAGCGUAUCGCAGACGCACCACACUCAUCUGUCUUGGAGGCGAAGGGAGAGGAAAUCCAGGCACAUCGCUACAAGUUGCGCGCCGUCAACAAGGCACUCUCUAACUGGCCCGCACGUAUAGCCCAGAUGCCGGUCCACAUUCGCUCUGAGUUGCCAGAAGAGGUGCUUCAAGAAGCGUCCCAGAUCGACAGCAAUCUGAAACGAACAACCUUGGCGGAGCUUUCCAAUGGCUAUGGGCGCAAGCAGCAAGACCUUUAUGAACAUCAGCAUCUUUUACAACACCCGAAACCCACGGACGCCCAGCGCGAUAUCGAAGCGGACAUCGAGAUGUGCACGAUCAGAAUGAGGGUCUGCCAGAGCAUUUCCUCCAAAUGGCGACGGCUUCCUCCGGAGAUAUGGGCAUAUAUCUUCGAGCUCUUUGCGUUUUCCAAACCGGGCCCUCCCACCAAAUUCCCAGGGGCAGUUUUUGCGUACCCUGCGUUGCUGCUGUGUGCUGUGUGCAGGCUAUGGCGGGCGAUUGGGAUGUCCACACCGGCACUGUGGAAGUUAAUCAAGAUUGCGGCAACCAUUGAAGGUGGACUGGCCGGUGAACAGGCGUUUAUCCAUAGGGGAAGUCUUCAAGUUGCGCUGGCUGCGCUAUCGAGGAUGCAGACCUGCCCGUGGACCCUUGACAUAAAAAUCCAGUCUCGUCGGGAACUAGGGAGCAAGGCGCCCCCGACCCAAAUCGACCGUCGUAACACAUUGGCCACCUUUCUUCAGCACCCCUCUAUCGCCUAUCUCCAGCGUGUUCGCUUCCAGACCACUCCUUUCAUGAAUGAUGUGGGAUCCAUCACCCUCCCCUUUGCCGAGCAUGUUACCCUCUGGCGCCACACUGACGAGGGAGAACAUGGGACGGACGGGGACGGUCGGAGCGUCAAGCCUCUCCCUAAUGUCCCCCGCGCGACCAAAGUCAUUGUUCAUAGCGGUUCCCCUUGCCAUCCAAGGACGAUAAACCUCGCUGGUGCCUCGUGGACCAAUCUUACGCAUCUCGCCAUCUCGCCCUUGCAUCACCGACUCUGCCAGACAAUUCUCAAGCUUGCGCCAUCGGUGAAGCGGUGUUAUUUCUAUCUUCAGAAAUACUCUGACGUGCUUGCGAUCCAAGGAUUGCCCGCUGCCCCUUCGAGGAGCGUUCAGUCCGCACUGACCGACCUUACCUGUCUCAACGAGAACCUCUUCUCCACUGACAUCUCCAGGAAACUUCAAUUUCCGGCACUCACUACCCUCCGCGUGGCGAUCCAGCGAUACAAUCGCGACGAAUUUAGAUGGUCACCGGGCAGUGCUCUUGCUUUAGGGUCCCUGAAGCGGCUCUACAUUUCAGGAAUGGGACCUUUCUACCUCGAGAACCACAUCAUUCCUGCGCUUCGUAUGUGCCCUCAGCUCUCGGAGCUCAUGCUCCUUGUGAAGCUGGACUACAAGGCGUUGUUCAAGUGGUUGACCUUCGAUGCACUCCAGCCGCGUCUUCAGCGUCUUCAAUAUCUAACGCUCUACUGCGUGGUCGAGGGCACCACGCCCGCUUUGUCUGAUCUUCCUCCUCGAUUCUUCAACACGAAGAAGAAACCGGUUCCUGGACGACAAUUCCCCAUCGACCGUCUGGCCGACAUGAUUCGUUCUCGGGUUGUGGUUGGUGAAGCCUCCACUGCGGAACACGCGUCUUCAUCGGGGUUGUUUCGACCACGCCGCCUCAAACAUGUCAGGGUCUGGUUCGAGGAGUCCAAAUUCACUGGUGUUUAUAUGAAGCUUCUUCGUCAGCGGUUGGAAUCGCUUCCCCCUGACAUCGACUUCCGGUUGGAGACUAGGAUCUUUGGAGCGAAGUUACUUAGGGUGCCGCAUAUCGAGAAGGAUAGGUUUUGGGAUGAAGGGUUUAUGGGCUGUUUUGAUAAACCGAAUCGCGCUUUUAUUACCAGUGAUUGA